GUAGUGCAUGCAUGUGAAUUGUGAGGCGUAAAAAUGGUUUCUUAUGAUCGAGGCUUCCAUCGUUUACAUUUUUGCAUAAAAAACAUCUGGACACAUGCUAUACGUGCACACUUCCUGCAUUACUUACCUAUGGGCCUUAUGCGCCGUAUUGUUGGUGAGGGCGCAUUUUGCAUUAAAUCUUUUGUUAUUUGACCAUCUGCUGUGGUACAUUACCUAUUUAUUGACCAUAAUGUCUUAUCCAGUGCAUGAUUACUGAGCAUAUAACAUGGUCAUGAUUGUGACUUUGUUCUAAAGCAGUCUACACUUGGUUUGAUACAAUGGCCUUGUAGUGUUCUUUACUGUUCCUUAUCAAAUUUACUCAAGUUUUAUUUAUCAAUGUAGUUAAUUGUAGUGCAUGGAGGAUGAAUGUGUUCCAAAUUCAUAAAAUGUCCUGGAGACAUCAUGUGCAGUGCAGUCCAUCAUGCAUGAGAGCAGAACGUGCAACUGUGUAUCAUCCAUUUCACACAAGUUUUCCACCCAGGAAAAUGGACCCAUCAUGCUCAGGUGAUGUAUUUGAAGGCACUAGUCGAGUGUCCUUCGACAACAGUGAGAGCAAGACUGAUAGAGACGUCAAUAUGGCAGAAAGGAGUGCCUCUCCCCAGACAAGUGGCAGGCAACAAAUAGAUGAUAUAGAGAGGGAGGACUUUGAUGAAGAAAACAGAAUUAUUAAACAAUGUUCUCGUAUGAUAGUUGAUAGCAAAAUUACUGCCCCACCACACUACCCUGGACACAUAUCCAGUGCAAACUCUAGCUUAGCAUCUAGCUCAGAGACUAUAUCCGCAUUGUCUAAUCUCAUGACUGAUUACAGUAUGCCAGGGUGCAGCAAAAAUGUGGCUAAUGACAGUAAUGCAACUAUCAAAAACAUGAUCCAUUCCAGAAAAUAUGAAGAGCCUAGGAGAGAAGAGGCAUUCAAACCAGAUUUCAUGCAAAAACUUUUAAGCAGCAAUAUAGAGGAAAAGAAAGACCUUCCAAAGGGAAAACUCUAUAAGGGUGAUAAUAAUGGGUUAUGUGAUAUGGAAAUAGAUGGUUGUGAUUUAGAUGCAAUGAGUGGUCCUUCGGGAAGAACUAGUUCCAAUGCCUCGAGCAUCGCUAGCACCAGUUCUGAUAGCACCAAGGAGUUCUCAGUCCCAUCAACUUCAAAUGCUGAGAAACUUCUUGGCCUAAAUGACAGCAGAAAAAAUGAGGCAGGCAGUUCUCGGUCCUCGAACUACAUGCAAUACUACGAUGGCGAUGAAGACUCCGAUGACGAAGUCACCGAAGAGUCCUGGUGCACUUGUUUGUCUUCCCACGAGGACGACGACGAGGAAGAUGAGGGAGAUCCAGAACCUGAGAGGCUUUGGAGGAAGAGACGCUAUGAGCCGCAGCCGCCCACUUCGACCAAGCGAUUCUGCUCGGACACCACGGCGGGGCCCAGUCAGGAGUGCUGGCCGACGCCCAUACAGAGCGUCAGUGGGCUUCAGACACACGCCCACACACAGGGCUCGCCUGAAAUGAAACAAUGGCUCAAUAAAUUCCAAACUUGGACCAACACCGAGAAAUUUCAAGCCAUUGACGCGCUAAUCAGCCGCUGCUCUGCAAGCCACGUGCGACACAUGAUGAAGUCGAUCGAGCCUCUGUUUCAAAGAGAUUUUAUCUCCCUUCUCCCCAAGGAGUUGGCACUUACUGUGCUUGGCUACCUUCAACCUAAAGAUCUGCUAAGGGCUGCUCAAACAUGCCGGUAUUGGAGGUUCCUAGCCGACGACAACCUUCUAUGGAAGGAACAGUGCCGCCGCAUCGGCAUCAUGGCGGUGAAGAAGAUGCCUCGCUCCCUGCCGCGGUUCGCUAGCCCGUGGAAGGCGGCGUACAUGCGCCAGCACCUCAUCGAGAACAACUGGCUGCACAAGCCGGUUAAUACGCCUAUCGUGAUGCGCGGACAUGACGAUCAUGUCAUCACAUGCCUACAGUUCUAUGGGAACAGGAUACUCAGCGGCAGUGAUGAUACCACCUUGAAAGUGUGGUCUGCUAUUACUGGCAAGUGCCUGCGCACCCUUGUGGGUCACUCGGGCGGCGUGUGGUCGUCGCAGAUGGUGGGCGACAUGGUGAUCAGCGGGUCCACGGAUCGCACGCUGCGCGUCUGGAACGCGAAGACCGGCCAAUGCCUGAAGGUGCUCGCCGGUCACACCUCCACCGUGCGCUGCAUGCACCUACACCAGAACAGAGUGGUGUCGGGGUCUCGAGACGCGACGUUGCGCGUUUGGUCUUUGCCUGAUGGUCGGUGUCUGCGUGUCCUCGUGGGUCAUCUGGCAGCGGUCCGGUGCGUGCAGUACGACGGCAAGGUGGUUGUCUCCGGCGCCUACGACUACUUCGUUAAGGUCUGGAACCCGGAAACCGGCGAAUGUCUCCACACCCUCGCGGGACACACCAACCGCGUGUAUAGUCUGCAGUUUGACGGUGUGCACGUUGUGAGCGGCUCUCUAGACACGUCAAUCCGGGUAUGGGAUGUGGAAUCGGGUCAGCUCAAGCACACGCUUACUGGGCACCAGUCGCUCACCUCCGGGAUGGAGUUGCAUUCCAACAUCCUCGUCUCCGGCAACGCGGACUCCACCGUCAAGGUGUGGGACAUCACCACCGGACACUGUCUGCACACUCUUUCAGGUCCUAACAAGCACCAGUCAGCGGUGACAUGUCUGCAAUCGUCCAAUCGGUUUGUGAUCACGUCGUCGGACGACGGCACGGUGAAGCUUUGGGAUGUCCGCACAGGCGAGUUCAUCCGCAAUCUAGUGGAGCUGUCGUCGGGCGGAUCGGGCGGUGUAGUGUGGCGCAUUCGUGCCUCCGCCACCAAGCUCAUCUGCGCAGUCGGCUCGCGCAACGGCACCGAGGAGACCAAAUUGCUGGUGCUCGACUUCGACGUUCCCGGUGCGUGCCGCAAAUGCGACGAAUAGCAUCGACUGAACCGACGCAUCCUGCGUCGCUACGCGAACAUGUACGCGCCGUGGCAUUGUUAGUACGGCGUGUGCGCGUUCACCACCGUCCCAGUCGCCCGCUGCGCACCGCCGACUGCCGAGCGCGACGCUUGCGUCACUCGCGUCACAUUCCACUACCGACGCGGUCCGCGGUACGAACGCGCGCUCGCCGGCGCACGCACACGCGUCCGCGCCGCUGCUGUUCUCACUAGUGGACACAAUCUACCCACCGGACACUUGAAUAUGUGAAAACGAAAUAAUAAUGGACGUUAUAAAUAUAGUUUUGUGUAACUUCAUGAAUAUCCAUCAUAUACUCAAUAUAAACUAUUAUAAAAAAAACUAUUCACUACCAUUUAUGAACUAAUAGAAUUAUAAAUUUAUCUGAUUCAUUCAGUAAAUGCAAAUUGUGGCUGGAAGUAUAUAGCAUUGCCAAAUUCCUGUUAUUAUUUAAUUUCAUUUAUUCCAAAGAGUUUAAUAUGAGAAUCGGAACUUAGUUUAAUAAGAUUUUUUUUUAAUAUUUUUAAGGUGCCUUAUCGACGAAAAGUCGAUUUCUUUAACAUUACAAUUUUUAAAACAGUAAUGGCUAUUCUCGCCCACCCUUCCUUUAAGUUGGGGGUCUCUGAGGUCAAACACAGCAAAGUAACUGGUCUGUGUGGCACAUUGCUUUAAAGUGCAUGGAUUUAGGGGUUUCUUUUAAAAAAGGACACAGACACUGGGUGAAAAAUUGGCAUUAAUGUCCUUUUACUACUUUGCUUCGGUUUAAGUUGGAUAAAUGUUGUUUGUUUUUAUUAUAUUUAUUUUUCCUUCUUUUCUGAUACACUUGGGGGAUGGGAAUUUGCAUGUUACAACUAGUGAGUGAUGCAUGUUACCUAUAAAAUGUUUUGUUUAUUGUUACAUUGAAUCACAAUAUUUGAUGCAAUAUAUAUUUUAGCAGUUUGUUUAGGCAUGAACUGCUUUUUUUUGGAAAAAAUACCGUAACUUUUUAUGUGUUUAUUCUUGUAUUUGUUUAAUGUAUGGAAGCAUGAUUUAUUUAAAUUAAUCAUCAUAGUGGGGGUGGCAGUCGUAUGCCUAAAGAAUAUAUCAAUAGGCUAGUAUCGUUGUGCCGGCCAUUUAUAAAAUAAGGCUUUAUUUAAAUUUCCAAGUGAGAUUCAUUUAAAAAAACUUUUUUCGAAAGUUAUAAAAUAUUAGAAAUAAAUUAAUUACUACAAAAGAAAACUUAGAGUUUGUAGCUGCCAUAGAAUAUAUAGUUAAAUAAAGAUACAAGAGGCAUGCUUUUGAAUGAAUUCUUUGCAGUCUUAUUUACCGAAAAUGGUCAGGCAUAUAGGUUUGAAGUUUGUAAGAAGCACUGUACGCCUGAUAAUUUAACUUCCCAACGUAUUACCCAACUUGUACCUCCACUAUUGAUGUUAUAUGGCAUUUGUAAAGCAAGUGAUAACACCAUCCUGUUUUAAGUGGUUGGUGCGAUUUUUUAAUGCUACCUACCUACCUAACAUCAUUGUCAAAAUUUGAUAAAUAUAAAGGCUUUAACUUUCCUUACAUUGAAGUCAAUAAUUAUUUUGUUAUAUUUUCUCACUGACACUCUAUGAUACUCUUUUAGUUAUAUUUGUAAUUUCUAGUUACAAUAAUGACUUAAAAACAUAUAAAAUGUAAGGUAUUUGUUAUAUAAAAUGGUAAUGUAAAAUUUUUCAUGUAAUGUAAAAUGAACAGUGUUGUAUAACAUUUCUCGUUCAUUAUUUUCUCAUGUAACUGGCAUUAUGGGUAUACCAGCGUUUUUUGUUACAUUGAUUAUGAUUUAGAAAUUAAAUGUAAUUAAACAAACUGUUAACAGAUAUACAUUUGCUUUGAGGACAAAAUGUCAAGUAAGAGCAAUGGAUUAUAACCUAAAGUAUUUAAAGAAGCCAUAACAAUACGCAUUGAUGAUUCCUCUCUUGUAGUAGUUGUUACGGAAGGCGGUGAGGUACCGUCACGUGGCCUGCUUGCCCAUUUGCUACCCACAUUUAUGAAGGAGAUAGUUACCCUGUAUGUUGCUCUGUAAUUAUUUUCUUAUAGCUUCGGCUUUUUAAUAACAAUAACUUCAUUUUUAACACCCCAUCAUGUUUCUGUGCUUAAAGAUUUUUAAAUCAAAGAAUUGCGUUCGAAACUAUUUAGUAUAUUUUUUUGUUUGCGGUGUCCUAUUUAGCUCUUCCCGUAAUCUGCUUACGUUAUAAGCGAUCCAAAUAUUUAGUAUGACGACAGGCCAGCAAUUUGAACAUUUUAUUAGUAAGUUAAGAUAAUUAUUACAUGUAGUUAAAUAUUCAUGUUUUAAACAGAAUACCGAAUUAAGAUGUUUAGAGCCAAGUAUGCUUAGCUGUAAACGUUGAUUUACACUUACAUUGUCAUAAUUAAUACUUCCUAUUUUAUAAAUAUGACAAUCAAUGCAUAUUUGUAAUUCCGAUGUUGCAUAUAAUCGCAUGAUUGUACAUGUUCUUUAAUUAUGAAUAUUGAUUCGUUGCGUGUGUACACGCAAAGUUAUUAAGUUGUAUAAACGUUGGAGUAAAUUUAUACAAUUAAUUAAUUAAUUUUUUCCGAACAUAUGUAAAAUUUCCUAAUAACAGUAAUACAUUUCUAACACAACUGCAACCGUGCAACAUUAAAAGAACAUUAUCAACGUUUACAGCUCGGCGCUGUCUAUUGUUAGUGCAUUAAUUCAUCAACAAAAACAUAUUUCUUACAAAACGUGUAAUCGCGAGCUGUAUGAAAAAGCAUCGGUAAAUCUUAUUAUGUGUAUGUACAUACGUACUAGAGUUUGAGGACAUUGCGGGGCGCCGACACUUGGGCGCCAAUUUUUAUAUGGCUGUAACACUAUUAAUGUUUAAACGAAGACUGACGCGUAGUUAUAGUGUAUUUAAAGUAUUACAUGUAGCCUUCCGUAGUUUGAGAAACAUCACACAUUGUCCUUGGUGAAACGGCAUGAGUUUUUAAUAAUAUAAUUGUAACAUUGUUUGUUGUUAGUUUGUAAGCGUGGCGGCGAUCCACCGCCGUUGUAAUCUAUAUUAUCAUUUGUUGUAAGCUAUUUUGUUUAAUUAAAGUGUAUUUUGAUUAUGUAAGGUUCAUUUGUAUAUGCCUAACUUGCAUGGGAUUGGAAAUGGUCAUGGAAAAGGACAGUGACAUAGGUUGCUUUGUUUACAAUAGCAAUCGAUUUUACAUUUUUAUUGUUAUAUAUUUUAGAUCAUCUAGUACAGUAUACUGCCAAUAACACUAGGUUUUAAAUAGUUGAUCGCGUUGUGUAAUGGUAACAACGAAGGCGGAAUUGUAAAUUUACUUUAAACAUAAGACUUGAUGUAACGCGAGUUGCUCACGACGGUUGAAUUACUUUUGUAACAUUUUUACAUCGGUAUUCGGUACAGUAUAAUAUUUACGAUAUUUUAAACAAUUAGUGAUCAGUUUUUGUUGACCUUUUUGGAGACUCUGUACUAAUUAUACUAUAUUGAAAUAUUUUCGUAUAACAUACAUACUUAAUCAUCACAUUAAAAAACAUGCAGUACUAUUAUUGAGGUAACGCAACGCAUCCCCUUUUGCCUUAAUAUUGUAAUAUUGUGUUUACUAACAAUAUAUUUCAAUAUAUUAUAAAAUAAAUGUAAUACGUAUUUAUCGGUUAAGUAAUUGUUCUGCUCUUUGCUAUAACUGUACCUUUCAUUUCUAAUCCCAUUAUUUUAAUGAUAGAAUACCCGAAGCAUAAUUAACUGUAAUUGUUGGAACUUCUUUAUCACUUAAUUGUAGAAUGAUACACGUAUUCAAAUGUAUAUGCUAGAUAGCAUACUUUUUGUUUAGUUGAUGAACAAUAAAUCGGGUUACUUGGAUUAUGGUUGGUUGGUUUUUUUCGGACGCUUGUCGUGUCUGAAGUGUGCACGCCGCUUGCGUCUGCACUCGCUGCUGUGCAACGCGUAAGAACAAAACAUUUCAAUGUAAAUAUAUUGCAAUAAUCGACGGCGGUAAGAUUUGCAUGUUACUUUAAUAUUAUAAUUUCACUUCUAUUUUCUUAUUGUAACAAGGUCGAUUAUUGGUAAUAAAUUAAUUUGUUUUCA